UGUGACUCUUCCACGCACUAAAGCUCAUCAUGAGGAAGGUAUGUGAGAUGACUCCCAAAUUCCCAUUGUUCAGAGUAAGCUCAGAUGUGACCCAGAGGACACAAAAUGUGAUUCCUGUGUAAGCCUGGGUGAGCUUUGGCAGUGUGAAACUGUCUGCUUUAUCCAGAAAUGCAGUACUGUGCAUUUAAGACAAAUGGCAUCUGAUAUUGCCACUUAAAUCAACUUUACCUUCUUACUAUCUCUUCCUGUGCCCUCAUUUUCAGUACUGUUUUUUUAUUUUAAUCCAUAUUAUUUUGUUUCCUUGCAAUAUAUUCUCAGUCUUCCCCUCCCCUCUGUUUUGUAUGGGUGCAAGGUUGUUGUAUGGGUGUUGUUCCUAACGCUCUUGUCUUUCUCUGCAUUCUGCUCUGUGACUCUUACACCCACUAAAGCUCAUGCUCAUGCGGAAGGUAUGUGCCAUCAUUUGCAAAUUCCUGUUUAUGUCUGGUGCGGUAACAAGUGCAGGAAUUCUGGAGGUGGUCAAAGAGGAGAGGAUUUGAAAAUAUCCUCUGCAUGCUUGCUGGGAGCUGCUUCACUUGUGUAGGACAAGCUACUCUAUAUACUAAUUGCUGUUCUGAUCUAGCUGACAGCCUCCUGACAGCCCUUCUGGCUGGAAGGCAGGGGUUUUGAACAAGAUGUGAAGAGCAUGUUUUUUUUCUAUUGAGCUAAGAAAAAGCUGCCACAUGAAUGCCUUCCACAGCUUGAGCAGAGAAGGCCCUGUAAUGCAUGCUUGUUAAUGAGAUGCAUCAGUUUUUGCUGUUGCAACAAUUUGUCUCUCCAACAGUUGCAUGCAGUGCUGGGUUGGGCUGGCAUUGCUUUUAUUGCCCCCAUGCUCUGAUUUCCCAAACCAGGCUGUGUGUGCAGACACCAGUUGGAAAGGGGAUUGUGCUCCCCAAGGCACUUCUUCCAGCGGGGCUGGACAAGGGACAGCUGUGCCCUGUGACAAUGCCACAUCCCUCAGCCUCAUGCUCCCUCCUGUCCCUUGCCCCAGUCACUGCACUGGGACAAAUCUGAAUUUUGCAGAAGCAUACUGACAUGAAAAGAUUUUCAACCAAGUCAUGAGCCACAAGCCACACACUGUCACACCUGGUUUUCUAGGGGUCAGGACAAGUAGCAUCAUUUUUGGCUGCAAUGUGUUAAUAGAAAAUGCCCAUUCAGAAAAAAAUAUGUGAUUGCUUGCUUUUCACCCACCACUAUUGGUAUUUUCUUGGGUUAAUAUGUAUUUUGAAACCAUGGGGAUGGCAGGAUUGCUGUAGCGCUUGAUUUUAUAAUGUGCAUUAAAUGCCAGAUCUGGCAAGGCAGAGUGUGUGAUUAGCAGAAUGGUAAUAUGUCACUCCUACCAGAGCAUCUGCCCAACAGCCCAACUCCACUGACCUUUAAAUCGCCCUCCCAGCCCCUCUCUGGAUGCCCAACUAGUGGUCAAGUGACAGCACACUUCAUCCCACGAGUAUGAGAGCAGGAAUGUGCUCUGUUCACUGUGCUGCACUGGUGCAUCCCACACCAGUGGUGAAAUCCUGGCUGCUGGGGAAAUAGGUGUCAGCUCCUUCAAGCCCACUGAUUUCAGCAGGGGCUGGGAUUUCUAUGCACAUGAAUAAGGACAGGUUGUCUGUGCCUUUCUCACAUGUUCAAACCUAUGGGUGACGGACCUGACUUUAAUACAAGUUAAUCUGUGUGCCAACCGAUGGUACUUGAUUUUUAACACAACUGUGUCAUUCAUCUGCAUCUCAUCUCCCAACACCCUCCCUCCUGCCUCCCUACAAUUUUCUGAUUGACAUCCAUUUCCCCUCCUAUUUCUCUUUUAAUCUUAUUAAUGACUUUUAUCCCUUUAACCCCCUCCACCCUGGCUAAAAACUUGCAAGAUUUUUUUUUUUUUUUUUUUAAUGAUCCUCUCUUUCAUGCUCUAAUUCUCUUAUCUUCCUUUGCAUCUCCUCACCUGCUACUUCCCUCUUAAAGAAGUCCAUGAACCAGGUAUGUGACUUCUGAAUUCCUCUGCGUCAAUGUGAAGGGUUAUUGAGUGCUGGAGAUUCAAUUGCGAUUGGCAAUUUCACAAUUGGGUUGUGCUCUGAAAUGGGAUGAAGUGGAAAUAUUGCAAAGAAAAGAGAAAAGCCUUGCACGGCAGAUAUUGAAACGAACCAUUUCAAUCCAACAUUUUCAUUUUUUCCCUCUUUCCUCAAGAGAAGAGUUCCAAAAUGAAAUAGUUCUGAAGAACUGACUUGUCAGAUAGUGUGAGGUAUAUAUAGCACAACUCAAGAAGAUGAAUUUGGGAUGAGAGAUUGUCACUAGGCAAAAAAUGAAAGUUUAGCUUCAGAAAUGUUAAUAUAUAUGCAACCUUUUGGUUUUAAACCAUUUCUUUUUUUUUUUUUUUUAACAAAAUCUUAGCUAAAUUGACAUGAGUUCUGAAAUGUGGAUAUUAAUUUGGAACUCUAAUUUCUGACAGAACCAGUAACUCUAAUAUUAUACUCAGGAAUUCAAAGAUGGUGGAAGGAACCAGACAAAAACACAAAUAUUAACGAUAAACUGUAACUUCAGCUUCCUUACACCUUCCAUCUGUAAUACUUCCCUCCACCCUGUGAUGAAUAAUAAUGAGGAGGAGCUAACUGAUGCAUGAAAAAUAUAAUAACAUUUCCGUAAACAGUAUUCUAAAGUGUCAGCUGUAGCAAUGGCCACUGAGUGGACUCAGAGACUUCCCUGGGCUGCAGUCAGGAACGUUACAGUGUUUAUUCCAUUGAAAAGCAGAAACAGAACUUGUAGCAUCCUCUACACUGUGCAAAUGAUUCCGUGCCAUUUUGGGCAGCUUCCUGAGACCAGCCAUGUCUCAGGGCAGCCCAUCCCAACUAUUCCCCUCUGCUGUCUGCAAAGGGAGACCAGCUCAGCGUCCUUCAAUGUCUGAGGCUGGGGGGAUGCCUGAUUGAUUUUGCAUGACUUCACACUUCAAAAUUCAUGUGUGUGCUGCUUCCUGGCUCCCUCCUGUUCGCACCACUUCUCAUUUCCCAUCCUGCUCUUCCAAUUUUAGCUAUAUUAAUUCAUUCUCACCUGCUCCUGAGUUUUUUUUGAGUGUGGUUUGCCCAAGCUGCAGCACCUUGCUGCCAUCCCUGUUGCUCUGCAUGCUCUACACCUCCCCCAUGCAGUCCCAAGCCACCUGAGCAACUUCCUUGAUCCUGUGUGUUGGUCUUAAACUCUAACACACCUAGCAUCUUGGAAUCUGUGCAAAUUAUUAACAGGAUUUUAUUAACAGUCAGGCCUUACCUACAGCCUUCCCUUGUCGUCUUUUCCCUUGGAACUGUCUGCCUGUAACAAACAGGGAGGAAGCUUUAUAAAGGAGAUGUGAACGCAAUGAGAGCCUCUGGCAGCUCUUCACACCACGCUGUUAGUAUUUUGAUUCUGUGCUACUAAUGCUACCUUUGUCUCACACAUCUCAGCAGUCAUGGCCUAGUCCUGCAUGAGUUCAGAGCUGUUGCCAUUGUGUUUCUGGUCCCAUUUCUUUUACUUUUCCUUUCUGGCGCUUUCUACCUAACAAACCGUGCAUGCAAUAUCUAAAUCCCUAUGUGUCAAUCUGAAGCACUUCUGCACAUAGGAAUGUGAAGAUGUUGAAGCAAACCAGAGUCAUGAAGAAUCAAUCCAUUCCCUAAAAUUCAUUAUCCCUCUAGGAAACAGAUAAAACUACUUGUAACUCCAGUGGCACCUUGUCAAAAUCUUAGCAGAAAUACUGUGUAGACCUGAAGAUUUCCUUUUCUGUGGCACUAAGCCCCAAAUCUGCCAGUGGUGGACCUCAGAUUGGGCAGCUUCAGAUGCAAAAUGAAAGAUGCACCCAGAGCAGGACUUCCUUGCAGUCACUCUCAUACCCUUGUACUUACUCUGCCACAAGGGCAUGCAUACAGCUGAAACAGCUCACACUGCACACUUGUGAAACUAUUUUAUUUUAAACUUAAGGGUCAUCAGUGACACUGAAGUUGCCCAGUAUUUCUAUAGUUGCAUGAAUUAAAUGGCUGCAAUCCAUCGACACUGAAAUUCCUUUUAUCCUUCACUUCUGUGACAUCCCUUCCCUGUGUACUUCACACCCCACUGUAAAUGCUCUCCUCUUCCACACUUAUUAACACUCUCCUAUAACUCAAUAUGCAAAAGAUACCCCUUUCAUCCUGAUCUUACCAAAGUUUGAGGUGAUCCCUUCCUGAAUAACUUCUAAUUCUUAUAUCUUCCUUUCCUAUACUUUUCCCCUGACACCUCCUACUAAAUGAAGCCCCCCCUCCAGGUAUGUGAUUUAACUUCUAAACUCCCCAGUGCCUGCCUGCUGGGACAGCAUGCAUAGGAAUUGAAUACAAGGUGACAGGAAAUGAUAACCAAGCUGUUAACGAUGUCUUGCACUUUGCAUGCAUUUUGGAUUUUUUUUUGUUUUUUUUUUUCUCUUUUUUUGGUGAUGUUACUAAAAACUGGGCAACGCGUAUACUAUUGUGAAAGGGGAGGUCAGCAGAAUGCAUCCUUGUGGAAUGGGUUAAAUCCUGUGCUGCGAUAUGAGAAUGAAUAUUUCAUCCUACGGUGAAAGCUUCAUUUCAAAUCUCAGAGCAGAAUCUGACCCAUUGACUAAACAUAAGGAACAUAAAUACAGUGAGAUUUUGCACUGUUUUUAUGCCUGCUUUGCAAAAUAUUCAGCAGCGCACGUAUGGCUGGAAAUCAAAAUCUGUCCCUCAGAUCUGCACCGCUAAUCAAUUCUUGUCUUGCCGACAUUAGAGGAAUGAAUUGUAGACCCGCACAGACUUUAAUCAACAUUUUCUUCCUCUGAAGUAAUCAAUUUGAAAAUCUACAUUGCAAAUGGAUAUGAAGCAGAGCAGUAAAUUUACACAACCAUCCAGAUUGCCUUCAAGGAAGGAAAUGGCAUAAGCCAUAGAUCCAUAACAGAGAACCGAGCUUCUCUGAAAGUUAGCCAAGUGCUGAUGAUGAGUUACAGCAGGUAUUUCAGUAGGUUACCAAACACAUCAUGUUAAUCUCAAUGGACUGGAAUGCUGCUGUAGAAAAGGAUGGAUCUGAUAGCGCCUUGAAAGUGCUAUGUUCAUGUGCAUACUUCAGACCAAGGUAGACCUUGGUACGCUGUGCUGUCAAUUUGUGCUUUAUGCAUAAAAUGCUUGUAAGUGCUUUGUUUAAAGCAUUGCACUGUUAUCAUAAAUCUGUUUCACUUGACCAAAUUCCUCUCCCUUCCUGUGACUUCAGUUUAUAUGCUAUUUCAAAUGCAAUUAACUUAUUUUUCCCUCAGGUUUACUUCUCACUUUUAUUCCCUUUUCCUCUCUACUUCUUCACCCCUUUGGCUUGAAAGCUCUUUUGCUUUGUGAAAUAACAGGUUUCUCGUUCUCAUUCUCUUAUUUUCCACCGCAUCUUGUUCCAUGACACUUCACAUGUGAAGUUCAUGAGCCAGGUAUGUGACAUGACUUCUGAUUUACUCUGUGUAGUUGCAACGCAGGUGUGAGUGUGUGAGAACAGGAGUCCUGGGUUGGUAGAAGAGAACAAAGCAAGAGAAACAAAUAUUAACCAUAAUGAUCCCUUGCAGCCUUCUUCUCCUUUAAUCUCCCUACUUACUACUACUUUAAGCUUACAGCACCUUUAACUCCCAACAGCCUCUCCAGAUACCUUUUCUCUUUGCCUUAAUUCACUAAUCACUUUGUUUUUUUCCCCUCAUGCAUUCCCUGGUCUCUUCCUCAGGCUUCCAAGAACUUUAAAUAUCUGUUCUGUUUUCUUCCUUUUUUCUUUCUUCCCAUUUCCUGUCUUUCCAUCGCCGCUCACACCGUGACACUCGCAGAAGAAGCCCCUGAAGAAGGUACGUGAUGAUACCUCUAAAGGCUCUCACCCUUUUUCUUUUUCAGAGCUGGGGAAACAGAGUUGAAAACACUGACCUUGUUCAAGAUCACAGGUAGCAUGAGUGGGAAGUGGCCUCUCUGGAUGGCUUUAGACAUACAUGGAGAAAAGGGUUGUAUGUUUACUACAUCAAACUACCAAAAAAGCUUCACAGAAUAGGCACAGCAAUGUGGAUCCUGUGGUCUCAGCCUCCCUGCACUGACCUCAGGCUCUCUGUUCUUUGGAGCUUGUGGAUCAGCACAUCCCUUGGGUAAUAUAAAGCUCUGACUAAAUAAUAACCCACAACAUGUCGUUGAGCGGGGCUCAGGUCUUCCUCACAAAGGACUGAUGUAGUUUGUUGUCCUGAAAAGGCAGAACUGAGAGAAAAAGAGGUGAAAGAGUGAGGCCCUAGCUUAUGGUUCAGGGACAUGGAUAUUUUGUUCCCAUUCACAUGAAAGUUUCUACCCUGCUGUUUGGAUACAAGAAGUCUCAACAGUGUUGGAUUUGGGUAUGAGUCUGAAUCUGGAGCUAUUGCUUUGUCAUUACUUCCACAUAACUAAAGCUGCAGCUUUCACAGUAGACAUUCAGGAAAGUCUAUGGGAAGAUGGAUAUGUUUUGUUCUGGUUCUCAUAAAACUUGCUCUUGAGCUCCUUAUGUGGUGAUGCUGGAGACCAGAAGCACUGUACUUCAGUGUCAGCUAGAAAAUUACACAGACUUCAACUGGUUUAUGAUUUGGCAUUUUCUUAGUGAGAUGAGGCACUAUACUAAGUGCAGUCAUUUCUGCCUAAAAUGUCACAAUUUGCAAAUGUACUGCAUCUUAUUAUUCCCUCAUAUUUACGUAUGGUUGUUGUAAAGAAAUAGACACCCUUCUCUCUUUGCUUCCUCUUUUCAUUUGAUCUCCAGAGAGCCCCAGGUUCCCAGCGUAGUGGGGAGGGAGCAAGGACAGCUGCUUUUAGGACAACAGUGCUGGUUGUGAAUUGACUGCUGUGCUUCUUUUCUUUUGCUUUUAUCCUUCCAUCUACAGCUGAUGAAGAAGGCGGAUACUAUGAUGGUAGCUUGGUGUUGUCUUAGGACAACAAAGUCAUCUUUCUAACAUCUCACUCUUUUUUGUUUGUUUGUUUUUGUUCCUCACCUGAUUUUAAACUCAGGAACUGGGCCAAAACCUCUCUGCCGCAAAGAAUCACUCACUGCGUAUAUCCAGUCACUCUCGAGAACUCUGUACAUCCCCACUAGGGUAGCAGAUGGUGAAACCCAAUCUCUAGAAACUUUUUCUACUUCUUCAGAUAGAUCCCAUGUAUUGCAUCUCUCAUUAUCAUGACCUCCCAGUCCAAAUAAUCAGUAAAGUCUCUCUUAAAUUCCAGUGGCGUGAUUAAAAAUGCAGCUGGGCCCUGUGUGGAUAUGCCUCUCUCAUCCAGCCUCAAAGUUCAUGCUCAUCUGGCUGGAAUCUGCAGAUAUUUAGGUUUCUGCUCCAACAACACACGUAAAAUUGUCCUUAGUGUUGAACAUGCAAAUAAAUUUAUUCAGACUGAUGGAGCAACUCAUCUGCUGCUAAAAUAGUAAAUUUUUAAAUAUCUGGUUGAGUAGACCCUGGAGCACAUGGGUAGGAUCAAGAAUCAUGAAAGGACCAAAUCUAUGCAGGGUCAUUUUUGCUCCUGUAUGUGGGUAGGUAACUUCAGCCCCUGGAGCCAAAUGCAAAAUCAGUUAAAAGGUGUAGAAAGGCUCUCGUGGACUUUGAAUGACUUUGAGGUAGCUAAGUUGUGUUCUGAUGGCGUCAGCCCCUAGAACAGUUGGCCAUAUGUUUCCAAAGACAAAGCCCAACACCACCAGGAACCAUUUUUCUUUUUCUGUAUUUUCUUGUUUUGUUUUUUUCUUUUUCUUUUUGUUUGUUUUAAUCUUCUUGCUCACUUUUCAGGCUUUUAUUUUUAUUUUUAUAUAUUUUUUUUUUGUUUUAGGGAUAUCCUCUGAGGACCUUUCAGAGCCUCUCACAUCACUUUUGACUUCAAAAUGGGAUCUUUUCCUCUUUCUUUCUCUCCUUCUUUUUCCCUUUCUUUCCUCUUAUUUUUUUAAUAGCAUACUGAUUUUCAAGGACGCACUGUGGGUUAGAGAUGUUGUUUUCAGCAGUGGGGCAAAGGAGGGCGCUUAGGGAUUUCUGAUUGAAGCAAAGGCAGGUCAAAUGGAUCCGCAUAAAGAGGAGCAUGGUGGGAAUAUCUCACAGAUUGGGCAGGAAAAUGCAGGGUUGUGUUUAUUGAGGUGUGUGUUCUCUGUGAACCAGCCCUUUCAGAAACCAGAAAUUCAGAGACUCUAGCUCUAAUCACCAUGUCAGUGAACCUGGAUUUCCAGUGGUUCUUGCCUUCUUUUGGCAGGAAUGUGUAUGGGGAUUUUGUCACAGCCCCAUGCUUCAUGGGCAGAAUGAGCACAAGAUCAGUCAAAAUCCACCACCCAGAACAGGAAUUUGCUACGACAAUUCCUGUGUAUCAACAAAUUUUGGCCCAGUUCCUUGACACUCUUGUGAAAGAUGGGGUAUCUAUCUCAAAAGAAAUCACAUCUCCAAGCUCCUUUUGCUGCAUUCAGUAUGGACCAUGCUGGAUCACGCACUGCAAAGGACAUCUUAAUUACUGUUCAUUUUUUAAUAAACCCUGCUAUUUCUUUGUUUUCCCCUUUUCUGGUUUUCUGGAGGCACCUUUAAAUAUCCUAACUACUUUUUUUUUUUUUUUUUUUAAGAAAACUAACUGACCUUUUGUUUAUAUAUUUAUCUAUUUUUGACAAUUGUUUGUUGGUUUCAUUACAUUUAAAAUGCUGAUUUGGUGGAAGCUGAAGCCAAAUUCACCCAGUCAUUGACAGACAGAUGUCAAUCCUGGCACUCAAGGUCAACAAACAAAAUGCGUCCUUUCCUCCCUUCUUUUUCUCUCUGAAGUGUUACUAACUGACAGCCUUAAGUUAAACAGGAGUGUUUCUGAGAAUUACCUGGGUACGUCAUGAGGGAAGGGAAUCUGUGUGAAUUAACAUCCCUGGUAGACCGGUUAGUCGCGACUACUUCCACUGUCCAGAUGUAAGAACAAAAACAGAACAAUGUAACUUCUGUUUUAAUAAGCUCACUGGCUAUUUGAAAAGCGAAACGAUUUAAAAAAUAACUGGAGAAACACAGAAGUGCAUUUUUGCCUAUUUUUCUUCAGGAGUGAUUUGUGGUUUCCUUUACACAGGUGCUCUAAAACUUUGCUAAUGACAUGCUGUUUAUUUUAUUAGCAUUGCUCUGGCAUUUAGAGGCCUCUGCUGAAAUAUGUUUUAGUAGGCAAUGUUCUUGUAGUAAAUGAGGAAAGUGUCUACCCCCAAAAUUUCAUUACUGAAAUUGAUACGUGAGAGAAAAGAAAGAUUUGUUUCUGAUCUCCUUUAUUCAUCUCUCACAUCUUUUCUCUUAAUUAUCCCAGUUACUCAUUUUCAGUCAUUUCCUCCAUUUUUGGUUAUCCAAUAUCCUUGCAAGCAUCUCCACUAAAUAUUUUCUAGUAUCAGUUUUUGCUAUUUUCUCCCUUAUUAUUUUUGAUUUUAUUUUAUUCUCUGUUUCCCUUCGUAUUCCCAUUUUCCUCAGUCAGUCCCAAAACGGAUGCAAAUGAGCACUUGACAAAAUUAAUGCAAUAUACUAUAGUAUAAUAUCUUUCUGUAUCUUGAUAUGGAUAACCAGCACCCACUCCUGAGGGAGACAGGUUUUAAUUUUCCUUUACAAAGCCGCCUGUUUUUACCAGGUUUAAUAGUCUGUGAGCUUUUUACCUCUGUUCCUCCCACUGAACCAACACAGGGAAAGUCUUGUACAGCAAAAUCCAGCAUCCCUGAAAGUUCAAACGUAGCAUGUGGUUAUGAAAGUCAAUCUGAGCUCCUGUGAGACUGGGCCAGAAUAAAUACAUAAGUUUAAUUCACUUCUAUUUGUGAGAAUAACAGUGCUGAACUUAUUGGCAUUACACUGAGGCUAAUAACUGAAGUAUAAAAAGCAUAGCAGGGAGGGGGAUUGAUCGCAAGCACAAAUGUUAAGCAAGAAACUCCUAAAGACAGCACAUUGCUGAGAGCCAGGAAAAGGUCACUUGUUGCAGGGGCAUACCUCUGACUGUCAGUCUCUCUGAUGGCUUAGCCCACAUUUCAGGGAAUUAUACCUUUCCUGGAGAUGCAAAGACUAUUUCCAUUACAACUUAUGGAAAUUUUGCUAAGAGAGAAUGGCUGUCUUAGGAGUCAAUGGGCACAGAGAAAAUAUGUGGCAUCAGGUGUUUUUUUCCAUCCUGGCCUCCAUGUGAGGCAUUUAAUCUAAAUCGGCCAAGCCUGUUUUACCAGUGACACCACUAUAAAUUCAAGCUAACUUCGGUGAAUGAAGGGCUGAUUGAAACAGGCAAUGUUUUCUUCCACCUGAAUGCCCAGCUGCCCUCCUUGGAGUUUGGUCAGGACAUUUUAAUUUUUCAUUUACAUGAAAGCACUGCCUUCCAGAUGCUACGUUUGGGACUUUUAUACAAUCUCUUGAUUCUUUUCUGCCAAAUUCUGUUUCAAGGAUAAAAACAGAUUCACUCCUAGCAGAAGGGGUAUGCGAGUCUGUAUGUUUCUUUUGGAAGUAUUUGCGAUUUAACCAGUUUCUUUGGGAUGUUUCCCCUAAGAUUGAAUUUCCCUUCCCUCCUUUUACUUUAGCAGCUGGCAUGAUCUCUGUUGUUCUAACUGUUCUCCCUCUUUUUCCCUUCCUGUUUUGCUCCGUGUUUCCAAAUACAGAGGAGAAGCCCAGAAUAAAGCUAACUGCUCCUAAAAUACCAGAGGGUGAGAAAGUAGAUUUUGAUGACAUCCAAAAGAAGAGGCAGAACAAAGACCUGAUUGAACUGCAGGCCUUGAUUGACAGCCACUUUGAGGCCAGGAGAAAGGAAGAAGAAGAGCUGGUUGCCCUUAAGGAGAGGAUUGAGAAACGCAGAGCUGAAAGAGCAGAGCAACAGAGAAUCCGGGCUGAGAAGGAGAAGGAGCGUCAGGCACGGCUUGCGGAGGAAAAGGCACGGAGAGAGGAAGAAGAUGCCAAGAGAAAAGCUGAGGAUGAUCUCAAGAAGAAGAAGGCUCUGUCCUCUAUGGGUGCCACAUACAGCAGCUAUCUGGCAAAGGCUGAUCAGAAGAGAGGGAAGAAGCAAACAGCUAGAGAGACAAAGAAGAAGGUCCUGGCAGAGAGGCGCAAGCCUUUGAACAUUGACCACCUUAAUGAAGACAAGCUGAGGGACAAGGCUAAGGAAUUGUGGGACUGGUUAUACCAGCUGCAGACUGAAAAGUAUGACUUUGCUGAGCAAAUAAAGAGGAAAAAAUAUGAGAUUGUCACUCUCAGGAACCGGAUUGAUCAGGCUCAGAAACACAGCAAGAAGGCAGGAGCCAAAGGCAAGGUUGGUGGGCGCUGGAAGUAAAGAACCAGGCAGGAUGGCCCUUAGUGAUGUGCCGAAACCAUGCUGGUCUGCUCUUUCUUCCUUCACAAACCACUUGUGUUCCUGUGCCUCAGCGAUAACUAAAAUUGCAACAUCGGCCUGGGUUGGCUAUUGCUGCUGCUUUUUCUCUUUCUGGAGGGGUCUGGUGGCUUCCUCAGUCAAAAGGAAGCAGGUUCCCUGCGGAACUGAGGAGACUCCUUGCUGGCAUCUUCAAUUCCUGCUGAGCAUGUCCUUUAUCCUCCUGACAACAGCCCUAUGCUGUCCUGUAGAUUGCUGUGUACAAAUCUCUGGAUUUUGUAAAUAAAGCGCAACCAGUACCUACUUCAA